AAGUAUCAAUGAUGGGUAGGUUAUAAAUAGGGCACAUUUUUCUCUCUAGCACAGACACAUAGAGAUACUGUGAUGCCACUGCUGAUCCAUAUAAAAUGUCUGGAGAAACGUUCCCUUUUACACCCGGCACCCUGCGAGCCCUGCAGAGACAGAGGGAGCAACUGGAGAGUGAAGAUCGGAGGAGGACAUUGAGUAUUGAACGCCUGUCCCGCAGAGCUUUGACUUCCAGCCCUGGAGUUCGACCCCCUGUGACCCGCAGGCAAAAGUAUUGUAGGGAUGCCGCCAUCCACAACGCAUUGUACACUGGGGACAUGGAGAGGCUCAAAGGAAUAUUCAAAGAAAAUGGCUCAGCAGAUAUCUUGGUGGAGACAGUCAGCGAAGAGUUACAGUGGUGUCCAGAGAUGGGCCUUUGGUCUCUCAUCCCUAAAAAAUCCCACACCUCUCCCCUGAGGAUCACCGCUGGGCGUGGCUAUGGGGAAUGUGUACGCUUUCUGGUGAGCCAAGGGGCGGAUCCUAAUUCGUCCGCAGGAGGUCGAGGUCCACUGCAUGACGCUUGUGAGGGUCACCACGCUGAAUGCACCCAACUUCUCCUGAGCAGAGGAGCUAAACCCAAUCUACUAAGUGAGGAUGGACAAGCACCUCUUCACCUGUGUAGCACACCUGAGACCUUAGAAUGUGCAAAGUUGCUGCUUGACUAUGGUGCGCUAGUCAACCUUGCCUGCCACUAUACCCGUGCUACACCCUUACACGUGGCAUCUGGACGUGGUCUUGAAGAACAUGUUGCCUUGUACCUGAGCCUUGGUGCUGACCCUUCUGCCCGUAACCGCGAAGGGGAAACCCCUCUAAAUGCGGCCUGUGCUGCUUGUGAUAGCCCACAACACUUUGGGCGCUAUUACAGGGUAGUGGAUAUGCUCUUGCAGUCUGGUGGUAAUCCUGACACACCAGGGAAAAAAGGGCACAGUCCUUUGCACAAUGCCAGUUCUAACUGCCACCUGAGAUUGGCUAAGCUGUUGCUGGACCAUGGAGCACCAAUUAAUGUGACAAACAGUGCUGGGUAUUCUCCUCUGGACUGUGCUCUACAAGUGUGCGAUGAUUACCCAGAUUGCCAGCCCCAUCUGUUGGUUCAAACAUUGCUCAAUUAUGGAGCUGUCCCUUGUGAUCCCAAGAUGUGGAGGUUCUGUGCAGCCUCACCAAAAACCUUUGAGACUCUUCUCAAUGCUUAUGACCGAAUUCCCCCUGGGGAUUCCUGGGUAGAAGCUGUGCCUCUGGAGACUUGGGAGGAACAUCGGCCCUUCUAUGAGUCAGUUCAACAGGCAUCAAACCAACCCAGACCCCUGUUGCACCUUGCAAGAUGCGCUGUGAGACGACUGCACAAUGGACAGUGCCAGGUGGCAGUCUCACAUCUGGGCUUACCUUCUGUGCUCAAUGCAUAUGUACUCCUGCAAGCUGAGGGUGUCAUUCACUAGCAGAAAAUAAGAAAGGGUCUAUCUAAUGGUCAUGCAUUUUUUUGCUUCAGACUGAAAUAACGGGGGGGGGGGGGGGGUGCAAUUAUCUGAGGGCACUGGGGAUGAAUGGAGCUGUUCUUUUUCCCUUUAUUCUGCUAAUAUUACUGAAAAGCUUAUACACACAAACACAAAUCAUCAAAUAAACUGUGGUAUAAGACAGUGUAUCAAUAAUACAUUAUACAGUCUCUCAAUCAAAGUCUCUCUUUAAGUCUUGUACCUCCUGACGGUGGCCCUCUUCUGGCUCUGUCAACUUUUUCUUAUACCCCCACUUCUGCCAAUCUGCCCUUUCUUAUCACUGCUUGCCACAUUGUCCCUUCUCCCCACUAUGUUUGUCACACCUCCUGUUGUUCUGCUCCAGAGGGGUUGUUCACCUUUGAAUUAAAUUUCAGUAUGAUGUAGACAGUGAUAGUCUGAGACAAUAUGCAAUUGGUCUUCAUUUUUUAUUAACUAUGGUUUUUUUGGAUAUUUAGAUUUUUGUUCAGCAGCUGCACCGUUUGGAAUAUCAGAAGUUUCUGGUUGCUAGGGUUGUGUUCACUUUAGCAAUCAGGCAGUGGCUUAAACAUGAGACUGGAAUAUGAAUAGGAGAGGUACUGAAUAUAAAGAUAAGUAAUAAAAAGUAACAAUAACAAUAAAAUUGUAGUCUUAUAGAGCAAUAGUUUUUUGGCCUCCGGGGACCACUGUAGCAGUGGAAGGCAAAUAAUUAGAAAACUAUAACAAAUAAAUAAUGAAGACCAUUUGCAAAGUUGCUAUUAAUAUGACAUUCUAUAACAUACUAAAAGUUAAUACAAAGGAGAACCACCCGUUUAAAAUCAUAUUAAGAAAGGAAAACAUGAUCCUUGUUUUACAAUGAUAAGCCAGGCUUUUCACUGAGUGGAGAUAAGGGUGGGCCUAAAGCUGCUACCAGGCACAACACAAACCCUUGCAUAGAAGCAGAGAUUCAGAUUAAGCCCUGUUUAUAGGCAUGUGAUUAUAUACUGAUUUUAUCAAGCUUAUUAAAUCUUGGCCUAUAAAUCAA